UUUGGACAAUUGUUGCAUGACGUUGCUUCGUCCUCGCUAACCUCCCCUUUGCUAGAUGCCCCUGGUCAUGCCUCCGCAAACCGUGCGAUUUGGCUUUGGGCUCAAGUCCUCAUUAGCGUCGAACCUCCACGCUGAGGACCUAGUGUAUAUCAGACUCACUCGAACUCCAGGUCUAUCCGCCCGCUCCAUGGUGGCGCCGUUCUGGCUUCUCUGCACAUUUGUAUGUUUCAGUUGUGCCGAAGCUGUUAAGAAUAAGGACUAUGCUUGGAGGCAAAAUGAAGAUUGUGAAGGCGGCUUUUCCAGCGCCGCUGUCAUCGACGACUCAGUCUUUGCAGUUGCGCGCGGCCGCUGCGAGCUGGCCAGCUGCUCGGUUGCCGAGCGAGGCAAUGUUGGCUCAGAGGACCGGGAUGAAGACCCCGGCGACCCGCCGCCCGCCCUGGGCGCCGCGUCGUGCCGGGCGGGCGGGCUGGCGGUGGACGCGGCCCCCGGCGGCGCCCCUGGCGUGCCAACGGCAGCGCGGCCACGCCGCGGCCAGCGAGAGGUCGGGGCCGUGGACGCGCUCAUGGCUCUGGCGGCGCUGGGUGCCUUCGUCAACAUGGUCUGGGGGUCCGCGGCGCACCUGCUCAUGGUGUCGAAAGACAGCCAGGUCAUGGAAGCGAUCGUUCCAACCUCUCACCGCCGCUUCGCGUGAUGGUCACUCUGAAGGAAAGAGUUCCCGAGGGGAACGGGUUCUGCC